CCAUACAGUAAAUAUUUACAGUCAAACCAUUUACAGAACAAGGUAGAAAGCGCAAGGAGGAAAUGGCUUCAUCAUCAGAAGAGGACUACACCUGCCCUGUGUGCUGUGACGUCUACAAGGAUCCUGUUAUACUGACGUGUGCUCACAGUGUGUGUAAGGCCUGUCUGCAUCAGUUCUGGCAGAGCAAAGGAUCCAGAGAAUGUCCACUCUGUAGGCGAAAGGUUUCUAAGGACCCACCCCCUAACUUCGCUUUGAGAAAUGUGUGUGAGGCAUUCCUAAAGGAGAGGAGUCAGAGAGCUUCAGCAGGGUCUGAGGUGCUCUGCAGUCUGCACAGUGAGAAACUCAAGCUCUUCUGUCUGGAGGAUAAACAGCCUGUAUGUGUGGUGUGUCAGACCUCAAAACUACACAGAGGCCACAAUCUCAGUCCUAUUGAUGAAGCUGCAGCAGACAUGAGGGGUGAAUUAAAUACCAGACUGGAAUCCCUGAGAAAAAAAAAUGAGACUUUUGAAGAAGUUAAACUCAUCUGUGACAAAAUACCAACGUAUAUUACGCGUCAGGUCCAGCAGACAGAGAAGCAGAUCAAGGAUGAGUUUGAGAAGCUUCACCAGUUUCUACGAGAUGAAGAGGCAGCCAGGAUAGCUAAACUGAGGGAGGAAGAGGAGCAGAAGAGUGAGCUGAUGAAGGAGAAGAUUGCGAAGAUGAGCAGAAAGAUCUCAGCUCUGUCAGACACAAUCAGAACCAUAGAAGAGGAGAUGAAAGCUGAUGAUGUCACAUUCCUGCAGAACUACAAGGGCACAGUGGAAAGAGCCCAGUGCACACUGCAGGAUCCAGAGAGACUUUCAGGAGCUCUGAUCAAUGUGGCAAAGCACCUGGGCAACCUGAAGUUCAGAGUCUGGAAGAAGAUGAAGAAGAUUGUUCAAUACACUCCUGUUACUCUGGAUCCCAACACAGCGAGCCCAUCAGUCAUCUUGUCUGAGGAUCUGACCAGUAUGACGCAUGGUGGUGAUGAAAGGCAGCAGCUGCCAGAUAACCCAGAAAGACGUGUAGGCCUGCACGCUGCUGUGCUGGGCUCUGAGGGUUUUAACUCAGGGACACACUGCUGGGAUGUGGAGGUUGGGGACAAGGCAAGGUGGAAGGUGGGUGUGAUGACAGAAUCUGCCAAGAGGGACUUCAUGUAUGAUAGUGGAAUGUGGAUUGUGUCGUAUAAAGAUGGUAAAUAUUGGGCACCUGCCACACCACAGCGUUCCACUGCCCUUAGAGUGAAACAGAAGCUCCAGAGGAUCACAGUGCAGCUGGACUGGGAUGAAGGAGAGCUGACAUUCUAUGAUCCUGAUACUGACACAUGUCUUCACACUCUCACACACACUUUCACAGAGAAAGUGUUUCCAUACUUUGAAGGGUAUACUCUAAGGAUCCUACCAGUGAAGAUGGUAGUAAAAAUAGAAGAUCUAGAAUAGAAUAGAAUAGAAUAGAAUGCCUUUUACUAUUCACAAUUUACUGCACAUAGCCUACAGUACACCGACAACUCACUUUACUGCAAACAUUUAAAGGGAUAGACGGUACAUUAAAGUGGUAUACUGUACAACACAGAGGGCUAUUUACAAAAAGGUUUAUAAAAAAAAAAUGAGAUGGAGGAGAUGUGCAUUCACAGUUAGAAUAAUUUAAUUAAAACAAAAAA